AUGCUUAGAGGUUCUUGUUCACGGCGAGCUGCCGAGGAGGAUGAGCACGUGGUAGUCUGGGGUGAGCAAGGAGGUAACAUGAUUGAAUCCACAAGGGUUUGCACUGGGGAACGUUUACACGCUGAUAUGAGCACCAGUGCCUGCCCUCCUCCCGAACACCACGGGGAUCCGCCGGACGGUUUUGACUUUGAGGGAGAUGUGGUCAUGGACAUAGAGGAUAAUCACGAGGCUACUGCGGAGAAGGCAGAUGGGUCUUCUGCCCCUUUUGUUGUUUGGAACUGUCAAGGCGCGGGUGGUAAGGUUUUCCACCGCGUCCUUAAAACUCUUGUUCAGACCCAUAAACCCGCUAUCCUUGGCCUUGUUGAACCUAAGGUUUCCGGGUCUCACGCGAAUGCUAUUUGCACGAGACUGGUUUUUCGGAUUGGGUUCGGGUCGAGGCGGUGGGUUUUAGCGAGGGUCGGUGUGGAUCCUCAUGAUUACUGGUUUUUUACAGUAGUCUAUGGUAGUCCUACCCAUCACCUCCGUCGACGUCUAUGGAGUGAACUUCAGAUGACCAAGCGGGGUCUCUCGGGUCUUAUGCUGAUUGCUGGAGAUUUUAAUUCUGUUGUUAACCAAAAUGAAACCUCUAAUUAUUCUGCUUUCUCGUUACAGCGGAGCUCAGAUUUUGCGGAUUGGAUCAAUUCUGAAGGUUUCAUUGAUAUGGGAUUUCAUGGUCCGAAGCUGACAUGGGUUCGGAGUGACCAGUCAGGUUUUACUAAAGGGGCGAGGCUCGACCGGGCUCUUUGUAAUGCAAGGGAUGUACGCUACAACAGGGCUCCUUUUCGUUUCCAAGCUGCCUGGCUCACCGACCAGUGUUUGAAGGAUGUCAUACACAACGCCUGGCGUCCGAGCUCGGGGUUUACGGAUAAUAUUUCGGUCAUCACAGAUGCUCUUUUGGAUUGGAACAAACACGUGUUUGGUAAUAUUGUUCACCGCAAGAAAGUUGUUCUUGCGCGUCUAAAUGGGCGGUCUCGCGAAGACUGGAUUGUUUUCGGGGACCGGAACACGAAAUACUACCACAUUGCUACUACUAUUCGAAAAUCCAGAAAUACUAUUUCAAGUCUACGGGAUGUGGAUGGUGAGUGGAUUACGGAUGAUGAUCUUCUCAAAGCACAUGUUCAGACCUUUUAUGUCACUCUGUUUUCAGACUAUUCGGCGGAGCAAAGGGAUACUAGUUUGGAGGGUGUGUUUCCAGUUCUCUCCCAAGAUGAAUGGAGGGUGUUUAACCAGGAUAUCUCCAAGGAAGAGGUUUGCAAUGCUCUCUUUGAUAUGUCACCGUUUAAAGCUCCGGGACCUGACGGUUGUUUGCCAGAUGGUUUAAAUGAUACCUUACUUGCACUUAUUCCUAAGGUUGGUACCCCGAAAACUAUUCGGCAGUUUCGCCCUAUUAGUUUGUGCAAUAUUUCUGAUAACAUACUGGUAUAUCAAGAGGUGAUGCACACCAUGCGGACGAAGAGAGGUUCCACCGGCAUUAUGGCAAUCAAACUUGACUUCGAAAAGGCUUAUGAUCGCCUUUCGUGGCAAUUUGUUGAUACUAUCCUAAAGGAAAUUGGGUUUAGCUCGAUGUGGGUGAAGGUGAUUAUGUGUUGUAUUAGGACUGCACGCCUAUCCGUAAACUGGAACGGUAACCGUUUAUCUCAAUUCCACCCAGAACGGGGCCUCCGUCAAGGUGAUCCGAUGUCACCGGCUAUUUUUGUUUUGGGUUUGGAGAAGCUCUGUCAGAUAAUUACUCUUCGGGUCAAUUCGGGGGAUUGGAAAGGAGUUCAAUUAGCACCCGGGUGCCCCAUACUUUCACAUCUUUGCUUCGCGGAUGAUAUGGUUUUGUUUGCUGAAGCUUCUAUUGAUCAGAUCGCCGUUAUCCAAGACUGUCUGUCGCGAUUCUGCGCUGCCUCCGGGCAAAGGAUCAGUUAUGAAAAAUCAUAG